AUAAACUCAUAGAGGAGAAAGAGAAAGUCAAAGUCAAAAACAUAUGAAUGGAAGUAAAAAUGAUUAGAAACUAGAGCGUAAAUGUUCGAACGUCGCUAGAUUUCAUCCCAUUGGAAGUCAUAAAAUAAAUUCUAAGGAUAAUAUGUCAAAAUUUGCUGAUUAUUUUGUGAUUUGUGGACUUGACUUUAAUUCUGGACUCGAACCGGAUAAAUUUUCAGAGGACAAUUUGCACGUUUCUCCAUUGGAACGUUCCUACAAAUGUAAAGUGCUUGCCCACUAUCCAGAAAACUUAAAGUCAAAUCCUUUUGAUGCAGCCGCAGUUUGCAUGCUGGCACUACCAAAUGGCUUAAAAUUUCGAACACAGAAGCAUUCAGUCACUCAGGCCCCCAAUUUUCACUCAUUUCUAAUUACUCGAGAAGAUGGCAAGAGAUGUUAUGGGUUCAGUCUUAUCUUUUAUGAGGAAGUCAGGAAUAGAGAUAUCUGUGCUGCGAUGCAAACGUUACAAGCUAUGUAUAUAACCGAAUUGUCGAGCGGUUUGAGAGUUAAACCAGUUCAACAAAUACAAAGUCAGGGUCCCCAAUCCAGAUCAUUACCACGGCAUUUCAAACUGACUACUCAAAAUCCCAAUGGGGCUGCCUUGACUUACUAUGACAUAACCAAAGAUAGGUUAUUCGUAUCAAAAAGUAUUGGCAUUAUAUGUCACGCAGCUUACCUACAUGCAGCUAGAACAUUUCUGGAAAAUCUGUAUAGAUGUGUACCUAGAAAACCUACUUCCGUUCAUGGUCUAAGCUUGGAAAGUUAUGUGUUCAACUUGUUGUAUGAGAUAGAAUUACCCACUUCAGGAAAAAGCAUUUUAGUCCACUUGCCUCCGCCAGAUCCCCAUUUGCCCUUAGCCAAUGUGAUUCUUCAGAAUCCGGCACCACCUCUUGAGUUGCCACAUCUUGACUACCCUUUACGAGUGAUAUUUGUGUUACUGGGUGUUGAUAUUGUUGUUCAGCUGUUUACUUGUCUUUUACUUGAAAAUCAAGUACUGCUAAGAAGUACAGAUUGCCAAAAAUUAAUGAUUGUGGCAGAAGGUAUGACAGCUCUGUUGUUCCCCUUUAAUUGGCCUCACGUCUAUGUUCCAGUAUUACCUGCCGCCCUACAUCAUUUUUUAGAUGCGCCUGUACCGUUUCUAAUGGGUUUAAAUGCAUCAUCUGAAAACAUAAAAGUCGCAUCUGAAGCUAGUUUGUGUUAUGUGGAUAUUGAUAAAUGUAAAGUGCAGUUACCAGAAGAAAUGGUUUCAUUCCCCCACAUGGACUCUUUCACAGAUGAAAUUUGGUCUAUUUUGGAUAAACAUGGAGUUCAUGUGCCAAAAUCUGAAAAUAAUAGAAAUAUUCAGGAAAUCACAUCAAGAAGUUCUACUUUACCAGGAAAGCCGCAAAAUCGAAGGAAACUUUCUAUUCAUGAUACUCUAGAUAAUGACAGACCUCCAUCUCCUCCUGGUUCAGCCAGAUCAGAAGCGUUACAACGAAUAGCUGAUAUAGUUAGAAGAACGGGAGUGGCUUUAGAUAAGAAUGAAAUAUCUCAUCCCACUGACUCUUACAUUGAAGAUUUAAGGUUCAAUAAUGCAAUCAGAGAAACGUUUUUGAAUAGGUUUGUGCAUAUCUUUCAGGCUUAUGAAAAUUUUGUAAUAUUGCCAACUAAUCAUAAUAAAGAAGACUGGUUUAACAACCGUGACUCUAUGCAAAACUUCGAUAAAGCUUCAUUCCUCUCAGAUCAACCAGAGCAAGAUCGGUUGUUUCUGUGGAGGUUUUUGGAAUCUCAGAUGUUCGCUACAAUGAUCGACAAUAAAAUUCUAUCUCAAUGGGAUGAACUGGAAACCAACCUGGUGAUAUUUGAUAACAGAAUCAAAUUGUUGAAAGAACGAUACGGUGGAGAAAAUCUGAUGAGAUCCAUUUCAUAUGAACCCUGCACCAUGUCUCACGAUACUCACAAGCUUUUAGAACGAAGAUUACGUUACCCCGAUUUUGAAUCGCCCAUCCCAAGGGAGGUAUCUAAUACUAAAGUUUCCAUUUCGCGUAAUUUUCCUAUACUCGACAAGGACAUACUCAACAAAACGCCGGUGAUUAAUAAAGGAAGUAUACCGAGAGCCAAAGAAUUGAAAAAAGGUUUGGUGUUUGGCAAACCUCCCGUGGGUGCUAAUGACAGAAACGCCAAGACGCAAAAUAGUCAGGAUAUGUCACCCGCCCUUAUUGCUCAAGCAAAUUGGACAUUUGUUGAAAAGUUAUUAAAGGAUUGCAAAAUUAAAACGAAAAGGAUGUUGUUGACCAAACUGGGCGCAGAAGGGGUCACUCUGUCGGGAAGCAAUGGGUCCGACGGUUUUGGUGCCGUUGAAGAAAGUACUCUGGUAGCUUCAUUGUGUGAUUUUCUGGAGAGGGUUUGGGCUCACGGGCUUCAAAGAAAAAGGGGUAAAUCUGCCCUGUGGUCUCAUAUAUUGGCAUAUCAGGAAAAAUAUUGGCAAUUAAACAAAAAGGAAAAUAAUUAUUUUCCAUCUGAGCAAUUUCCUCAUCUAGCAAGAAGCCUGGAACAUUGGCCCAGUUUAGGAAAGGAUCAGCAAUCCACAGAUCUUCCAGAACUGCCCAAUUCUAUCCUCUUUGAUAUUUUCAACGUCCAGAGCAUGGCAGAUGUUAAAACCGGAAUCGGUUUUGCCAGAGCUUGGGUACGACUCGCGCUCGAAAAGAAACAACUUUCGAAGCAUUUCCGAACCCUUUUGUCGGACCAGCAACUGUUGAGAAAUUUGUACAAAAGAUCCGCCUUUCUAAGGUGCGAAGAAGAAAAGGAACAGUUUUUGUAUCAUUUGCUCUCUUUAAAUGCCGUUGAUUACUUUUGCUUUACCAGUACCUAUCCCAUGACUGUGAUACCAUAUAGAAUUGCAAUAGUCACCAAUAAAAAAGGAGCUUAUACAUCUUCCAAUGUUUGGAUUGUUCUCUCUGGAACUUUAUCGGAAACACAGAAAGUUACUGUGCCUAAAAACACAUUCAGUUUUGAACACAGGCAUACUAACUUAGGGGUCUUAACUACAUUGAGAAUAGGUCAUGAUAAUUCAGGUCUUUAUACUAAGCUGAUGGUGGAAUACAUCUUAGUACGGAAUGAAAUUACUGGUCACACUUAUAGAUUUGCUUGUGGUAGAUGGUUAGGGAGAGGGGCAGAUGACGGUUCCAUAGAGAGACUCUUAGUUGGUACUUUAUUGUCUAGAAAGGAGGAAGAAGAAGAACUAAGGCCCACGGGAAGCCUAGGACGAACUCAACUGAGAUCUAAGUCUCCUUCAAUGCCGGCUAGAACUGAUCUCAAACCUUCACAAAUUCAACACAUGCUCGGUGACUGUGUAAAUAACAUUGUGAAAUGGCAUUACAGACGUAGUUCUGAAAGGCACACCACCCUUACGGCACUGUUGUGUGGUGAGAAUGGAUUAGUUUACUGCCUUGAAAAUGUAUUCUUACUUGGAUUUAAAUCUGUCAGAAUGUUUAUGGGUAAAAACUAUCUUUGGGAUUAUUUUGUUCGCGUCAAAGAACAGUUUGAAUCAGAGCUCAUGGAAGAAGUGUCAGGAAAUAGGACAGCUAGCUUAGAAAGAAAUCAUCAACAAACUGUGGCAGUAUGGAGGUGCUAUUGUCACUUAAUUGAUGAAAUGAUGCAUACUAGUAAAACACUUGGAAAAGAUGGGCAAUUCCAACUGUUCAUUUGUUUAAGUGUCAGAGAGCAUUUGUUACACAGAAUGCUCGUGCCAAUGGCCUCCUGUAGGGUAACUCAAGAAAUGUAUGAAGAAAAUUCCUUCUUGAGAAAUAGAGGAUUAUUGACGUUUCUCAGGCAAAUAUUGUUACCAUUGGACGACUUGGAUGUAGUUUUAGAAAAUUCCGUUACCCAUGGUUUAACAUCCCCAUCUCAUGUUUAAAAGACUUUAUAAAGAUAACUAUGGACAUUUUUAUCAUUUCAUUAGCCCAGUCUAUGUUUGGGAAAUAUGAUUUUGUUCUACAAUUGGAAAACUGUAACUGAAUAUAAAAGACAUAUUGUUGUGAAGAGUAUAUCUUAAGGUAUACUAUGUAUAUUGAAUGCUCCUGUAAAAACUUAUUGUGAUAUUUUGUUUCUUGCCCCUUAUUUAGAACAUCUUAUUACCUUCUCUAGUCUGGAUGUUAAGUUCUUACCAAUAUGAUAUUAGUAGUAUAAAGGUGAUAUUGAAGAUAUUUUUAUGAAAAUCAUGUAAAUAUGUUUUUUAUUUUUAGUUUUUAUAAAAAGCAUGCAUUAUAUUAUUUACACAGUACCUUCUGACUAGUGUGUAGUUAAUUGUUAUAUUUAGUUUUACUGCAACAAUAAGACUUAGCCGUGACUUUAUUUUGCUGCGCACUCAGUACAACCACUGCUAUCAUUUUCAGGAAGUAUAAUCUUUAAUCUUACCUUUAAUUUACAUACUCCCUUAAUAGAAAAUAAAGUUUUGGCUGAGUAUAUUGAAUUCAAAAAAUACAAUAAAUGUUAUAAUCUGCUAUGUGUUUUGUGUGAUUUUGAGUUUUUGUUUUAGUAUACUUUCAUCAUAUAUUACCUACACUAAAUAAAAA